GCUGCAAGAGGGCAGCACUUGUCAACACGUCUAGGUCUGGUAAUGCUUAUUAAAAUGACUGGGAUUGCAUGAACCAUGGCAAGGUGCUGAUAACUUGAGAUUGAUCUUGGUUAGUGGUUUCAUAAACUGUGUACUUAGGACUGAGAAUGGAGGCCAUGUAGGAGUACAGUACAGGUGCAAAGGAGAUUUUUGUACGGGAACUUGCUGCCACCAUCUCUGCUUGCUCCAAUUUUUGCAGCAGCCUUCUCUAGCAGUAUGCAGCACCAAGUUGACAGUGUAGGAUUUUAAAAGCAUGGUAGCAAUGUGGCCACGACCAUAAUGCAGGCUUGGUAUUCAGCUACCAAAUCUGACUUUCCUGUUGCUCUCCUACUUGAAAACGUUGAUUGACUAUGUAAGAAAGGCCCAAUGUAAGCUAAAGAAGAAGAGGGCUGUUUGCAUUCAGAUUUCCUGUACGUUGCUCUUCUGGCAGAUAGCAAUCUGAUAGGGACAGCAUGUGAUUGGUUGUCAUGGCAUCUGCAGAGGAGCGCAGCAGGGUGGAGGAUGUGGAUGAUGAUCCCAUCCACACCAUAUAUCAAAGCCUGGCCAAGGGGAUGAGCCAGUCGGGCAGACAUAAAACUAAGAAGAGUUCCUCAUCAACCUCAUUGAGUGAGCUAAAGGUCAAGUGUGAGUACGCAGGUGAAAAGAGAUUGAUUCAAGUUAGUCGUCCAGUGAAAUUUGAAGAGCUUUACCAAAAGGUCAGACAGUACUAUGGUGAAGAUCUCAACCUACAUUAUACAAAUGGAGAGAUUAUUGUAGCAGUGAACUGUCAGUCCGAUUUAGAAUCAGCUAUACAGCUACUAGAUCGUAACACAAGGUCACGGAGUUUGCGGUUGUUCCUGACAAGGAAGGACGAGGGUGCAGGGGGUCAAGGCCAGACUCAAGUCCCGCCAGGGCGACUGGGGCAGCUUUUUGAACCAGUGAACCAGAGCACUGGUCCUGUUAAAGAGACCAGUCCUAAACAAGUGCCUGAAAGAUACUCUCCGCCACCAGGGUCUUUCCCGCCUCAUGACAAACACCUUAAGCACAGCACAUCCAGGACGUCUGUAGAAGGCGAUGGGGAGUUCAUUCCAGAGAGAGAUCAAAUUGAUUACGAUGUGAGUAGUACAGAAGGAUCCAUAUCAGGAAGCAGGACUUCUCUGGACAGUAGUUACAUAAGUAGUCAUGGAGAUCCAUUUGUCGUCCGUGGUAAAACUGGCGACACAUUUCCUUUUCGAGGGAAGAGCGUAUCACGCAGAAGCAUAUAUUCUGAUACAACGUAUGAAGAGCAGGUAUCUCGAGAGCGUGAAAACCAGAAAGGUGGGACAUACCCCAGGCGUUACGCUAUGGGGACGCAGAUGGAAAUUCAAGAAGGUCGUAAAACAUUCCCACGAGCACGAGGUCGAGAUUUUGACAAUGCUUUUGGUGAAGGAUAUCCAAUCGGAACAAUCCCCAGUGAAAUGUCUCUUAAUAGCAAUAGCAGUAGCAGCAGUGGCCUGGUGCCUGACUAUGACUCGCCUGAAGGACGGAGGAAACGUGGCAGUGACUAUGAUUUAGCUGUCAAUGGCCUCUCAGAACUAAGCAGUGCAAAAUCACCAAGAGCACCAAUAAACUGGAAGAAGGGCAAGCUGUUGGGUGCUGGUGCUUUUGGUCAAGUUUUCCUGUGUUAUGAUGCAGAUACAGGAAGAGAGCUGGCGGUCAAGCAGGUCAACUUGGGCAGCAUGUCCGUAGAGGUGUCUAAAGAAGUACGAGCAUUGGAAUGUGAAAUACAACUCCUUAAGAAUUUGCACCAUGAAAGAAUUGUCCAAUAUUAUGGUUGUCAUCAAGAUGAAAAAAUUUUAUCCAUUUUUAUGGAGCAUAUGCCAGGGGGAUCAGUCAAGGAUCAGAUUCGUUUAUAUGGCCCCUUGACAGAAAAUGUGACCAGAAAAUACACUCGCCAAAUUCUGGAAGGAGUAACAUAUCUACACCACCAUAUGAUUGUCCACAGAGAUAUUAAAGGUGCCAACAUUUUAAGAGAUUCUAUUGGCAAUGUGAAAAUUGGUGACUUUGGGGCAUCAAAACGUCUGCAGACAAUUUGCACCCAGACAGGGAUGAAGUCGGUGACUGGCACCCCGUACUGGAUGUCCCCAGAGGUCAUUAAUGGAGAUGGCUAUGGAAGGAAGGCAGAUGUGUGGAGCAUUGGUUGCACAGUCGUGGAAAUGUUAACCUCAAGUCCACCUUGGUCGGAGUUUGAAGCGAUGGCAGCUAUUUUUAAAAUUGCCACUGCAGAUACACCCCAAUAUGAACUUCCUGCUCAUGUCAGCCUGGUGGCCAGAGACAUUUUAGAACUAUGUUUUAGGAAAAAUCAAAAAGACAGACCUUAUGCAGAAGAGUUACUAAAACACAGAUUCGUCAAUGAGUUCACGUAGCCUCUCCUGAUUCGACAGGUCCUCGUAUGGGAAGCUCUAGUCAUCUGUCUGUGAUCCGUGGAUGUUCUAUAAGUUAUGUGAAAUGGAGGAGAUACAGUAGAAGAGCUGGAACUUUAAAACUAAGAUACUCCUCUGAUUAAAGCUGUGGAUGAUUGGGAUGCUGAAGCUGUGCCUCUUUUUGUGUGACUGCCCAUGGCGGUCUUCAAUUUUUUUUCUAUAUUGAGAAUUAAAUAUUUUAUCACUGCAAUUAAGUCACAUUAAAUUUAUUGGUUGAAGUCCUAGAAGGUAUUUGUAAUGAGCUUUUGUAUAUAGUCCUACUAUGUACAGUUUUCUCUGGAGUUGAUGUACCUAUUUGAAGUUAUGACAAAUGUUAAAAACUUUAAUCAUUGAAUAACCUUAAAUGGAUAGAUAUUUGGAAUUGGUCAUCUAUGAUCUUCAUAUUUUCUAUAUUGUGCUCAAUGGCCUGUGGACAGUAAAUAGAAUUAGAACGUCUGCUCAGAAACUACAGUAACUCUGCUUAUGCCAAUUGAGGAAACUUGUGGUCUUAGCAGUAAAUACUUGGUGGAUGUUGUUUGAGUUAGAUAAGUUCUAAAAAAAGUGCUGAGGACACCAGGAAGAUUUAUUGUUUCUGUUAUGACAUACCAAAAUCUCAUAUACUCUCCGCUUAGAUUUAAGUUAUUGUAAAGUCUAAGUUUCAGGUAGUGAAGAAAUUAUUUCUUUGAGUUUAUUGAUUUAAAGACUACAGUUUAAAUGUCACAUUGGGUUUAUUGAACAUUAUUUUUGUAGAGUUCAGAGACUCUAAGGAAUAAAAAAAAAAAACAGCCACAGUCAUGGUUAUGGCUGUAGAAGAUGCAAUAAGGUCAUAACUAUGUCAACAAUGGGCAGUUGUGUACAUAAUAAAUAUACAAUAAGUGAUCAUUUUAGCAACAUGAUAACAACUAUCAGCAGGACUCUGAUACAUAGACUGUUAGUAUGUAAAGUAUACAUCAUAUAACCAUUGAAAUGCAGCUAGUUCCCUACUUUACCAUGUUAACGGCAUUGAUUGAUGUUAUUGAAAUUAUAUUCGUCACGAUCUGGAUAAAACAUGCACCAUACUCAUUGGUAGAAAAAAUUCUACUGUGGCUUUAAAUGAAAUUCACAACAUCCAAUUUUAGGUAGGAGACAAUUCAGCAUGAAAUGAUGUAAAAAAAAUAUGGUUAUUACUCAACUUUGAAACUGCAUAUAUUUCCGUAUGCUACUUUUUGGUACUUUUAUUUGUUAAUCACAAGAACACUUUCUGGCAUAAACCAAGCUCACUUUUUGGAAAUUUGAAAUAAUAUUUCAGAUAUCACUUUUAAGGCCACAUUUUCAAAAAUACAAAUAGUAAGAUAUGCUCGAAUUUAAUAAUGACCUCCACAUACUACCCACAUUUCUACUCAGUUCUUUUUUUUUUUAAUUAUUUCAGGGCAGACUAUGGUCUUGAAUCUCACUCCUACAAUUAAUGUUUUCUCAUCUGGAAGGGUUUGUGCUUAAAGAAAGGUUGCACUUGUCAUAUUUGGUUUUUGUAUGGACACUGCUGUGUCUGUACAUCUGUCACUACCAACUGUUCGUUGUGUCCAAUUUUGCCAGCCAUGUGUCUUAAGUAGGCAGCAAAACUAGCAAAGCUGAUAAAUUUAAAGUUAAAGUUGAUUAAAAGUAUAGCUUUGUGUAUACUGUAAUUGUUAAGAAGUAGGUACACCACAUUUAAUACUGCAUAACAUGGGUUAAAACAUGAUGUGAUUUUGUUUUCAAAUCAAAAUUUUCUACCAUCUGAAAUUGAUAUUUUUCAAGUCAUUGGGAAAAUCACCAAUGGUUGCUUUCCAUCCAAAGUGUUAGUUAAUAAAUCUUAAUAUCAUAAUGUCAGUUGAAUUGAAGGCCAGUGAAGUGUCAUUGUUACAAAUUGUACAACAAUCCAAACCUGGUGCAUCUUUUGCAUUGCACUGCAGGUCUUCAUAAUUGGCAGCUUCAGUUCUUUUUUCAGUGCAGUGUAUUUAAAAGACGAAGGAUCUUUUCCUUAGCAGCAAUACCUGAUCAAGUAAAUGUAUCGUAGAUGCACUUCAAAUUUUGGUCACAUUAUUAUUCAUUGUGAAGUUGUCUAUAGUACUUAAGAAAUCCAAUUUAUGAUGUCGUUUUCCAAUGAUGGCUUCCUUCAAAGGCAAUACUUUAGGAUGACAAGGGAUAAAUAUUCCUAGGAUGUUUGGGAACAAUAUGCAUCUUCUUUGUAAUAUUUAUAAUGUACUAUUUUCAUAUAUGGAAAUAUUUUGCAGUCGUGACUGUUUAAAAACUGCUGAUCUCUUAAUAUGCUGUUGUCAUUGUUUAAUAUGAUAUAUAGAUUUAUAUAUCAACUGAAAGUUAGUGGUAUGCUGAAGACAUUUCUUCCGCCAGACAUAGUUGUCAAAAUUUUUUAACUUACUGAUGUCAGUUUUACAAAUUUGUAGAUUUUUACUUGCAAGAAGUUAAAAUGAAAAUACCUGCCCUUAAUAUAGAGUAGCAUUUCACUAAAUAAUAUAUAUUUAAGUGCAUGUUUUGUACAUUUUAAUUUCUAAUGAAGGUAUUAUUUCUAUUGCACACCUUUGCUGCUGGUAAUACACGAGGGAAUAUUUAGCAAAGACUGUAAAAGUCACUUAAAUACAGGAUGGUUAUUUUUUGUACAGACACCAACUGUAAUAAAGGCAAUUUUAUUAAAACUAAAAAAUGAAUUUUUUAAAUAUUUAACUAGGCGAGUCAUUUACAUUUUCCUAGUCUGUGGACAAGAUUUUUCCCAUAAAUAUCAGGUACAUGUAUGUUGAGGUGCACUAAUACAAACAACAACCAAGCAUUGAAGCUGUAGCCUUUAAAUAAUCGUUCAAUUGUAGAAAUAAGUAGUAUUUAUUAUUUAUUAAUAUGUAAACAUAUCUUUUUCAUGGAAUAUUAUGCCCAAAUUAUGUAAAAGCCACAUUAUUUCUGAUUUAUGGAAUACUUUAUUUCAAAAGAUAUGCAUUUCAAUGAUUUUGGCACCACUGGAGAACAAUUUGUUACAAACUUAUUCCUAAUGCUCCAGAAAAUUAUAGACAAAUCUGCUCUUACUGGUAAAAUACUUCGUCAAUAUCCCAUCAAUCUACCAUUGAUCAUAAUGAAAUCUAUCUUACAACUGGUAAAAAAUAUCCUUACACUGAAUGUUGUAUAGUGAAAAGCAAAAUUGAUUUGCCUCUUUCCAGAAAAACUUAAACCCACAAUGAAACCCAAUCAUAUUCCAAAUUUGCUUAUAGCCACAGUUGGAUACCCGCCCAGUCUCCACACUACCUUAUACCCAUGAGGCUUAACACCAUGAUAUUUAAAAUGAAAAUAAAUUUCCAAAUUUUUUAAUACAAUAUAUCACCUAUCAGCCCUUAAUUGUGCUACAAAUCAUUAAUUCAAAAUGCUGAGGCUAUUCCUCCCAUGUGGUACUCCCUCUCUCACUCACACCCUUCACUUAACAUUUUUCAAGUUUUCAUAUCCUGGUUUUGUUAAGAAGUAUUACUAGUCAAGAAGAGAUAAAGCCACACUAGAAAUUACAAUAUACUUAUAACAUCUGGUUUUGCAAACUUUUUGGGUAAUAUUGCAUCAAUUUCCACAAUCAUCUUCUGAGAAAUAGAAAGUAUAGCAUUCUUUUUUGCUUUUGUUGUU